CGAACCCGGGCUUUCGCGUUCUUCUCCUCAGUUCCUGUUCCCAGCCCGCUUCUUGGGGGAAACCUUGAAUUAGGACAGCGACGGGGUCGGUUUUGACAGAUUUUUUUUAAAGUCGACGGUGUUGACGGGCCGUGCCCGUGCUUCACCCUCCAUCGUCCACCAUGCCUCUGGUGACAAGAAACAUCGAGCCUCGGCACUUGUGUCGUCAGACCCUCCCCAGUACCAUCCGCAGUGAACUGGAGUGUGUCACCAAUAUCAGCCUCGCCAACAUUAUCCGUCAGCUUGGCAGCCUCAGUAAGUAUGCAGAAGAUGUGUUUGGAGAACUUUUUGUACAGGCUGGAGCAUUUGCCAUCAGAGUGAAUACACUGGGUGAAAGAGUGGAUCGUCUCCAGGUCAAAGUCACACAGCUAGACCCCAAAGAAGAGGAAGUAUCCCUGCAGGCCAUCACUACUCGGAAGGCCUUCCGUAGUAAUCUGACCCAGGACCAGCAGCUGUUUACCAGGCCGUCUCUGCCCAUGCCUGUGCAGGACACCUAUAAGAUCUGCGAUGAACCCCCGCCACUCACCAUCCUCAGCCAGUAUCGGGAGGAUGGUAAGGAGGCCCUUAAGUUUUACACUGAUCCCUCCUACUUCUUUGACCUGUGGAAGGAGAAGAUGCUGCAAGACACCAAAGACAUCAUGAAGGAGAGACGCAAGCACAGAAAGGAAAAGAAGGACAAUCUGAACAUGCGGACGCUUAAUCCAAGGAAGAUCAAGACCAGGAAGGAGGAAUGGGAGCGUCGCAAGAUGGGGGAGGAGUUUGUGGUGCCAAAAAAUGAAAUGACGAAUUCCUUGGAGGGUCUCAACGGCAGUAUUGGUUCUGGAGAAGGCUUCACCUCUGAGGGCUUAGAGCUGAGUACGGGCUCCUAUGCAUUUGACCCCGGCUCCCCUCUCCCUCCUCCUGCUCCUGAUGACUUCCUUCCACCUCCGCCACCAGACAUGACGUAUAAUGAUGGAGGGUAUGGAGUACCAACCCAGAAACGCGGCAGCCUGCUGAGUCCCACCCACCCUCCUCCUGCCCCUCCCAUGGCCUCCCCGGCUGCCAGCUCCCGCCCCAAUCUCGCCCCUCCUCCUGCUCCUCCUCCCCCUCCUCCCUCUUCUGCCUUCGGCGCUCCCCCGCCUCCCCCUGGCUUUGACUCCCCUCCCUCCCCUCCUCCCCUCUCCCCCUCCAACACAGCUUAUGCCGCCUCUCCUGCUCCCCCUCCGCCUCCCUCCAUGGCCGUCUCUCCUCCUCCUCCCCCAGCUCUGCCCCAGAACGGGGGUCCACCACCUCCUCCUCCUCCACCACCACCCCCCGGCCCUCCACCCCCACCCUCUGGGCCUCCUGCUCCCCCUCCGCCCUCCUCUGGUGGUGGGGUCACCCCCAGUUCUGCUCCUAAGCCCCAGCCAGCGCCUGUUGGUGAUGCGCGCAGUGACCUUCUGCAAGCCAUCCGGCAAGGCUUCAACCUCCGUAAGGUGGAGGAGCAGCGGGAGCAGGAGAAGAGGGACCACACUGGCAACGACGUCGCGGCCAUCCUGUCACGCCGCAUCGCUGUGGAGUGCAGCGACAGCGAGGAUGACUCCUCCGAGUUCGACGAUGAUGAGUGGUCUGACUGAUUGCCACUUCACCUUCGCCAGCGCAUUUCUUGCCACCUUAGAGCAACAUCAGAGCAUUUCCAUUCAAAUUAGCCUCCCUGGUACUGAUGGGGUAGAGGUUCUCUGUAUGUGUGUGUGUGUGUGUGUGUGUGUGUGCGUGUGCGUGUGAGAGUUGAGUCAGCGUGUGUGCAUGUACACAUCAUGACCAGACACUUUGUCCUGUUUGAUAUCGGUCACAUUCCUCUACCCACGCACAUAUUCUCAUUUAUUAUGAAAUUCCCGAAGAUCAGAGGGGCAGAGGGCCAAAUGUUCGAGUGUUUUUGCUGGCUCAGGGUGUGUAUGUGCAUUUCCUGGCACUAUUAAAAGCUUUUUAUGAUUGCCACACUGUCAGGGUAGAUAGCUUAGCUUUAUGCUUGUCAUUCUGCUGUGUUUGUGUGUGUGUGUGCAUUAGGGCUGUCAAAAUUGCCCAAAGUUACAUUCCUUCUUAAAAAACACAUAGGUUCGAACCCAUUCGAAUAUAUUUUUGCGCAUUAUGUCCAUAAGAGGGCAAACCAGUACGACCAGAGACAUAACUAUAUACUAGUAUAGGUAUAUUUAUUUCACCGUAAACAUGUCUUUAAAAGAUCCGCAUACCUACACAUUACAACAUAAACAAAUAAUGUCCUAUACUGUAAAACUUAAUUUAAAGACCCCCCCCCCCUCUCUCUUUCUUUUUCUCUGCCGUGGUUGGUGCUAGAGUGAGAAAUGAGAACGCGCCGUCUCGGAGCGAGACGAAUGAUUUGUAACUGGCGUGUUAUCCGAUAGCCGGACUUGUAUACAGAUGAGGUCAUGUUCAUACUGGUUACUAGUGGUGGAAUGCUAAGCUAACUGUAGCGUACCUAGCUUGCAUACGACUUUACCUCAAAGUUCGACAAAUUUUUUUUUUCCUGUUUUCUGGCCAAAAUCUGAAGUCUUUCCAUACUGGGCUUUUUAGAUUGUUCAGAGGGAAGGUCGCUCCCUCUGCAGCCGAGUUGGGCUGUGAGCUGUCUGCCGUCUUUACCACACGGUUGUUGUUGAAUUGUUCGCUCGUUGCAGUGUGACCUAAAGUUCAUUUUCAACCAGUGGAAGUCGUCACGUGUGUCCGUCAUGCGGCGUGUUCGGUGCAGCGGUCAAGGCUCUUGCGCGAAAUCGCGAGGCAGACCGCUGAAUAUUAAUUUUCACAGUCGAUUGUUUUUUUUUUUUUUACAAUUCGGUUAUAUAUCCCUUGACAGCCCUAGUGUGCAUGUGUGUUUCAGUGAGAACAUCAGCUUCUCGUAUCUCGGUCUGUAUCUCAGUGUUCAGAAUGAAGUGUCCUCUGCUGCUGGCCAACUGCCUGCUUUUAUCUGCUUUUAUGUAUUACGGCAAAGGCUGCCAGAGAGGAAGCACAGUUACAUACAUAUACAGGUCCACAUAAAAGGUCACACAUACACACACAUAUGUACAGCCCUGUGAUUAUUUGAUUAUUAUGUAGUGAUAGUGGGCUACAAUACAUUUGGAUUUGACUUGACAUACACAAGCACGACUACACUUCAGACAGUUGUUUACAUGAACUCUGUAAGACGUCAUGUGAAUCUGAAGAUCCUCACUGUCUCCCCCCCCCCACACACACACACACAGUAGGUUAAAGAGAUGUUAAGUUUUCCAUUAUGUAUUUAAUCUUUUAUGUAUAUGCAGUCAGUUUAAGACCAAAAGCAUAGAUGGCUUUUUUUUUAUUCCCCUUUUCCCUCAUUUCCCCCCCUGCGGUUGUCAUUGGACCAGUGGGCUUGGAGAUGUUGGUCAAAUUGCCCGACAGGGAAUUCAGGCCGGGUGAAUGAUCAGAACGGCUGCUGAUCGUGAAUAAGGCAUUCUAGAUUUCAGUGUGAAUAGUAAGUGUUGUCUCAUAGUCCGCAACGCUGUCUCCCCCGCAUGGCGGGUGAGGAUUCAUUGCGUUUGACACGAUUGCCAUAUCACUGAGCAUAUGGUGACACAAAACAGAUGCCAUUAUUCAUUUAUAAGAGACCCCAGCUUUGCCAAGUCUUUCGUCCUGCAGCUUGUCCACGUGGAAUCCCCCCCUCCCCCGUGUGUAUGUACUACAGAUACACAAGUCUUGAUGAAGCUGUGUACCUGCACUCGUUUUAAGGGAUGAGAUGCCCACUCUUAACCUCAUCCUGCCUCUUUUAAAAGUGCCUUCUUUUAAUAUUCUACUUCAGUGCCCCCCCCCCCCCCCGGGUGAACUUGAUUAACCACACUGGUCAGCCUGCUUCUAUGAAUUAUCUUAUGUGGCCAUUGAGUCAGAUGUAAAACUGAAAGCUGUUCAGUGUGGCUCCACUUUAGUUGCUCAAGUAAGUGCCUUCAUUUUGAUGCAACAGACACUUUUGAAGGCACAGUUUAGAUCGCAUGUUUUGCCAAAGCUCUGCUUCUCCUGCCUAAAUUCUCUAAUUAAUAAUUACUAGAUCAUCAUUACUAUCAAUAAAGUUAAAAUAUAUGACA